AUGUAUGAUUUCUGGUACGGAUACCUUAAAAAGAAAUAUGGAGAUCAGGUGAAACUUUUAUAUACCGAUACUGAUUCGCUAAUUAUAGAAAUUGAGACUGAAAAUAUAUAUCAAGACAUGAUCGAUGAUUAUGAUUUAUUCGAUUUUAGCGAUUACCCUGAAGACCAUUGGGUUGUAAAGAAUCUUCCAGAAGAUCAAUGGAUAAUUAACGAAGAAGGUAAGUGGAAGGAUGAAAAUGGAGGAGAUAGAGCUAUUGGCUAUGCAGGAGUUCGUGCAAAAUGCUAUAGUGUUGUCUGUGAAAAUUCACGAAAAAAUAUGAUAAAAGCAAAGGGUCUUAAAAAAGCACUUAUCAAGAGAGAGCUCACACAUAAAAUAUUCGAAGACUGUGUUUUAGAGGGAAAAGAGGAUCAACCACGAACCGCACAAUUCCUCCGAAGUUACAGACAUCAAAUGUAUAGAAUAAAACAAACAAAGAGAAGUGUUAACCCAUUUGAUUCAAAAUUGUGGAUAGCUCAAGAUAUGGAAACAACAUAUUUAUUUGGUGAUUGCGAAAUUCCCGAAGAAUAA